UCACAAUCUGCUUCACAAUCAUGUCCACUCUCGCUGAGAAACUGUUCGGCUCCACCCAGUCCGCCGAGUCCGCCGCUGCCCACGCCAAGGCCAUCCCCAGCCGCAAGGUCACCGUCGUCGGCGUCGGCCAGGUCGGCAUUGCCUGCGCGUAUGCCAUCCUCCUCCAGAACAUUGCGUCUGAGAUUGCGCUCGUCGACGUUGUCGCGGACAAGCUCAAGGGCGAAAUGAUGGAUCUCCAGCACGGUCUCGCCUUGAUGAAGAACGUCAAGAUCAGCGCAAGCACCGACUACGCAGUCACCGCCAACUCGGAUCUGUGCAUCAUCACCGCUGGCGCUCGUCAGCGUGAGGGAGAGUCGCGCCUGGAUCUCUGCGGUCGCAACGUUGCCAUCUUUAAGAACAUCAUCCCCAACUUGGUCAAGAACAGCCCCAACACCAUUCUGCUGGUCGUCUCCAACCCCGUGGACAUUCUGACCUGGGUCACCUGGAAGCUCUCCGGCCUCCCUUCGUCGCGCGUGAUUGGCUCUGGCACCACGCUCGACUCGUCGCGCUUCCGCGUUCUCCUGGCCGAGAAGCUCGGCAUUGCGCCCCGCAGCGUCCAUGCCAACAUUAUUGGCGAGCACGGCGACAGCAGCGUCCCCGUCUGGUCUGGCGUCCACGUUGCUGGUGUGCCGCUCCGCUCGGUCGUGCCAAACCUUGGCAACGGCGACGCCGAGCACUUUGACGAGGUCGCCAAGGCCGUCACCAACUCGGCCUACGAAGUCAUCAAGCUCAAGGGCUACACGUCCUCCGCCAUUGGCGCCGCCGUCGCUCAACUCGCCGACUCCAUCCUCUCGGACUCGCACAACGUCACCCCCGUCACGACCCCCGUCAAGGGCCACCACGGCAUUGAGCAAGACGUCUUCCUCUCGCUCCCCGCCGUCCUCACCCGCGCUGGUGUCAGCCGCGUUGUCAUCCAGCCGCUUGACGCCCAGGAGACUGAGCGCCUGCAUACCUCUGCCGCCGCCCUCCACGCAGUCCAGAAGGAUCUUAACGUCUAAGCUAGAGAGCACGAGUGGUUGUACGGCGCGUGUGUGCGUUUGAACACAAAAACAAAGCCCAAUACCUAUUCAAAAAUAGUCAUUGUGCUUGAAACAUGCUGCUUUCUGCCAUUGCACCAAACAACUUCAUGGCUCAACAAUGUUGUGCGCGCGAGCAAUGGGUAUGACCGCCUCAAUGUACUCGCGUGGUAGAUAGGCAUGGGAUAGCGUUUCUAUUGUUUGGGCAGGUUGAAUU